UCCAACAUUAUAUGAUACUACCUUGCAAGUUUACAAACCCAUUUGGAACAUUCUCUGUACAUUCCCAUAAUGGUUUCUUUUUCUUUUUUCAUUGUUUUGUAGCUGUGAAAGAGUUUAAAAUGAACAAUCAAACAGAUGUCACCAAAUUCAUCUUCUUGGGGUUUUCCAACCACCCUAACCUACAGGAGUUGUUCUUCCUGAUCUUCCUUGUCAUUUACCUGACAGCUCUUCUGGGGAACACACUCAUAAUAGCUGCCACCAGGGUCAGUCCUGUCCUCCAAACGCCUAUGUAUUAUUUUCUCAGCAACCUCAGCUUCUUGGACAUCUGCUACAUAUCCACCACCAUCCCGGUCAUGCUGGUUAACUUCUUCCGGGAGAAGAAGACCAUCUCAUACGAGGGCUGCCUUUCCCAGAUCUUUUUCCUUGUGACCUGUGCCGGCACUGAAUGUGUCUUAUUAGCUGCAAUGGCUUAUGACCGCUAUGUAGCCAUCUGUCACCCUCUUCAAUAUUCAGUCCUCAUGAGAGUGAAGGUCUGUGUGUGUUUGGUGAUUGGAUCCUGGCUAUGUGGGCUAGUGAAUUCUCUGACACACACAGUACUGGCAGCCACACUCACUCUGUGUGGGCCCAACCAGAUCAGCCACUUCUUCUGUGACAUCCCACUACUCCUGAAGCUCUCCUGCUCAGACACUUCCAUCAAUGAGUCUGUGAUCCAUGUGACCAGUGCUGUCAUUGGCUUAAGCCCCUGCUUGUUUACUGCAGUAUCCUACAUACUCAUCAUCUCUGCCAUCCUGAGGAUUCCCUCUGCUCAGGGCAGAAGCAAGGCCUUCUCUACCUGUGCUUCUCACCUCACUGUGGUGGUGGUCUUUUAUGGAAUGGCCAACUUCAACUAUGACAGACGCAAUAUAGGCUACUCCCUGGACAUGGACAUCCUGGUCUCUGUGCUUUUCUGUGUUAUGACCCCCAUGGUGAACCCUAUCAUCUACAGCCUCAGAAACAAAGAUGUCAAAGGAGCCCUGAGGAAACUACUUGGAGGGUGUACACUCUCUGGUAAUAUAGCACCUAGAUAAGUGGUCUCCAAGCUGGGACAUGCGACUUCUGAAAUUUUUUCAUGAAGUUGUAGCAUAGUCUUAGGGAGUCCAUUUCCAGAUCCUCAAUUCCUAUGGACCAGUUCCUAAAGUUAAUCUUCCCAAGAACUCCUUUCUCCCUCUCCUUUGUCAAGGACCCUUUUCUCACUUUACAAAGUAAAGGUGUACCAGAUAUAUUCUGUAGGUUUUCAACACCA